AUCAGGUUACGAUGAAUUAAUCCUCCAUAGCUGAUGUCAAAACAGGCAUUUCGGGGAAGCAAAGACACAAAUGAAUAGUCAUUACAAAUAUAGCUUGUAUUUUAGGUACCAUAUUCUUUUAAAAUAUGGAAAGGCAGCUUUAUGAUUAGGCAAUUUAAAAUCCAUUCCGUUCGCAUCAUUGGCUACGUGAAAACAAUUAACGAGUGGUAAUGGCGAGCUUCUCUCCGCUGGUCCUGUCCAUCACUGCCACCAGCUUUGUGACGUUCCAGUGUCUGUUCCAUUUUGUCAGUCCCUGUAUCUCUGCUCGGUUCUGUCCUGGGUACCGCCGCCUCAGCCCUAAACACACCGUAGAGUGGAACUCCAGAACUGUGUCUACAUUUCACGCCUUGAUAGUGGGCCUUUUUUGUCUCUACAUAUUACUAUUUGAUGAUGCCGUCAAUGAAGACCCAGUCUGGGGAGAUCCGUCACUGGUGAAAAUAAAUGUGGCCAUAACCUGUGGCUACCUCCUAUCAGAUAUGCUGCUCAUAUGUUACUAUUGGCGGGCGAUAGGGGACAAGUUUUUUGUAAUCCACCACCUGGCAGCACUGUAUGCUUACUACUAUGUACUGAGCAUAGGAAUGUUGCCUUAUUUUGCUAACUUCCGUCUGGUCGCAGAGCUUUCCACUCCUUGUGUGAACCAGCGCUGGUUCUUUGAAGUGCUUGGUUACCCAAAGAAAUCAUUACCAAAUAUGGUCAAUGGAAUUGCCAUGACGCUAUCCUUCUUCCUGGUGAGGAUAGCGGUCAUGCCGAUGUAUUACAGCCGGAUGUACGCCGUGUACGGGACAGAACCUUUCUACCGGGUGACUUUUGGUGGCCGUUGUGCAUGGAUGGGCCCCAGUUUCUGUCUAGACAUUAUGAACGUCAUGUGGAUGCAUAAAAUGGCCCGCGGCUGCAUUAGCGUCCUGCGCUCUCCCGGAAAGGUAAAAGUGGAAAAGCUACAGAAUGGGAAAGUGCACUGAGAGGUUGCACAAGGCUAUGGUGUAGUUAUUUUAUUGUAUGUCUGGUUCAAAUGGUUCAUGGACAUUUUUGGAUCAAAUGGUUCAUGGACUGGAAAUGUCUUGAGACUCCCUACGAUCCCAUGACCAGCCCUAGGUAAAUUGUGUACCACUAUAUUUAUUUGCCCAGAACACUGCCAAUUGAACAAGCUCUACAGUCCUCCAAAAUGAUGGGAGGGGACAUGGUAAAGGCCAUUGGAUUGCGUCUCCUCUUGGUCCUUACAGAUGGAGGAAGUGGAUGGAAACAAACAGACAAUACUCUAAAGCACAGGUCCUCUUUUCUGUUGGACUCUUUGAUUGUAAAUUGUAUGUAUGUCCACCCAAAGGUGUCUUGUGUGUAUUGCCACAAUUACAUUAACUGACAUGGAAGAGAAUGUUAAAGGAACUCACAUAGUUUUGUAAUGUUUAUGAAGCCAUAUAGAUGGCUCUUGUACAAAUAUCAUGAGAUAUUGUACAAAAAUAAAAUCCUUACUUGAAAUCUGUGUUUUCACCAGCAUUAGGAUGUAAAAGAAGUAUAUUGUCAGGCUACUGAAGUCUAUGCUCAGGAGCCUGCUCAUGCAGUAGGCCUAGGAAAUAUUAGUCAUGCACAUAAAGUAUCAGGGUAGAUUUAGACAAACCAUGUAUUGUAAUUUUAUCUCUAGAAGUGACCUUACUGAGUGUGAUUCAUGAUAACAGCAAUAAAAGUGCACUUAUGUCUAACCGACACACCCACACUAUAACUUCACACAAGCAUCUCCACACAGUUCACAAAUUACAAAAUCAAACUUCAGAAGUCAAGCUUCAUAAUGUAAUGUGAAAUUUUUUAAUUAAAGGGAUACUACAAGAUUCUGGCAUUUAAUCCCUUUUUCUGGUUACCCAGAGUCUGAACUUGUAUGUCUGCAUGCAGUAUGAAGUUAGAAUAGCAAUGCUACUGUACCUUUAGGCUUCCAGUCCUUGUGCUAUAACUAGUUAACGUUGGCUAGCUAAACUACCGUUAUUUUCAUCAUGCUGUGUGCAGAGACAUAAAAAUGGUAUCCGCAAUUUCAUCUGACUCCGGGUAAGCAGAACAUGGCCUUAAAUGCAAGAAUCUCGCAUUAUGCCUUUCAGGUUUCCCUGUUGGAUCUCUGGGUGAGAAUAUGCAAGCUAUUGUGACAUUUACAACUAUGUUAGUUAUAAUAUUUAAUUAAAAAAUAUAUAUUUAAAUAAUGAA